CUCGAGAAUGCUAUGCGGCAGGCGCUAGGCGGGCAAACUCAAAUCCAAAUGUGGAUGGAACGUCAAAUUGUUGCGCUACAAGCGGUCAACAUGUAUAAUACUGCAAUGAAUAAUGGUUUACUUCAAGUUCCAAAUCCACAACUACUCGCCCCUCCAACCGACCAUUUACCUCGUGCUCCAUUAUUACGACAGAGUACGGUAGAUGUGAGCGGAACCAGCAUGGGUGCUGGACCUGUAAAAGGUGCAACGUUGUGGAGGCGAAGUCGUUCGGAAUCGGACGUGAGCCGCAAUUUUACCACUGGACCGUUUGUUUGCGCUACAUGUGGCCAGGCAUUCGCUCUUCAUGAUCGCUUAGCGAAGCAUAUUGCAUCCCGCCAUCGAGAUCGCUCGGCUUCUGCGAUAGCAGAAGCAGAUGGUGCAAAAUCUCACAAAUGCAACGCAUAUGCGGCUUCAUACGGGGCUAAAGCCAUACAGCUGUCAACUUUGCGGACAAGUAUUCUCUCGAUCGGACCAUCUCAGCACACAUCAGCGCACCCACACAGGCGAAAAACCCUAUCAAUGCCCGUUAUGCCAGUAUGCAGCGGUAGGACAUCUAAAUGCUUACCCAAAACCAUUAAACCAUCGCGCACUCGCAAAUUUCAGAGCCGACGCGAUAUGAUAACUCGCCAUUUACGAACGCAUGUGCGUCCAGACGGCUCACCUGUGGACAUCUCAGUUCCCAUAGCUCAACUGUCAUUAACACCUUCAAUUUCGUCUGUUUCGCCAAAUUUCGGGCAUACAUCCCCUCAACCGCCGUCGGCAGGCGAUGUACGUCAACUUUUGGGAGCUGUUGGCGGCAGUUUAGAGGGUAAGUCAAUUACUAUGAGCAUUACUUUUGCCAUGCAGGGAUCAGAACGGCAAGGAGGCAUAAGUGGGCUUUAUGAGGUGACCUUAUGA